AUGAAUCGUAGUCUCAAAUUUACACGUUUACUUCAACUUUUGGAAAUAUGUUCUGAAAGUGUCCUGUACCAUGAUGAAAUCAAUUUUGUUGUGCAACGAGUUCAACAAAUUGAAUCAAUCAGGAUACCACUUCAAUUUUAUCCUACUCAAGUUUUCAAUGAGACAAAACAUAUAGUAGAUGUGGUAGCUAAGGCAUAUCUUGAAAAAGCGACUGGCGAUGUACAUCAUCUGAUUCCGGUCGAAGUCAUUGCGGAUGGAAAUUGUUUAUACAAUUCUAUUGUUCUUCUGAUGAAUGAUCCAUCAGUAACAACGAGUGAAUUACGAGUUCGUACAAUUAUUGAACUUGUAAAAAAGGAAAAUUAUUAUCAAAAUAUAUAUUCACAAUACAUCGAACCUAUCGAUAUAGCUAUCAAAGCUAUGUGCAAAAAUUAUACGUAUUCUGAACUAUACGAAAUAGUCGCACUCUGCAAUGUACUUCAAUGUAACAUACAAAGUGUUCAUCCAAAAAUUGAUUUUCAACAUUAUAUGGCAAUUUUCAAUAACGUAUUUAAACCUGUUUCACCAAUUAUUGCUAAUUGUAACAUUGCAAUUUUAUGGUCACACGCCUUGAAUGAAAAAGACGCACGAGAGACGAAUAAUGGCACAUGGAGUCCGAAUCAUUUUGUUUCACUUAUGUCGCCAUCUAUUCGUAAUGAAUUUACCAACAUUAAUCAAUCAACACUAAUUGUUGUGACUCCUGAAAAGAGAACGUAUAAAAAUAAAGCUGGUACUCAAGUAAGAAUUCCUGAGUUUCAAUCUUCUCCUAGUAAACGCUUACGAAGUGAAGAAAACAUCGAAAAUGACACCACUCAACCAAUUACUUCAAGCUCAAUACAGAAGAAAACGAAUGACAAAGAAGAAAAACGUCAGCUUCUACUUGAAAAGAAAAGACAACGCAGUCGAUCUAGUCGUAUGAACGAAACAGAAGAACAACGUCAAAUUCGACUUCAGAAAAAAAGAGAACAAACUCGAUCGAGUCGAAUGAAUGAACCAGAAGAGCAACGUCAGAAUCGACUGCAAAAACUAAAAGAACGAAAUAUAUCCAGUCGAGCAAAUGAAACAGAAGAGCAACGUCAGAAUCGACUUGAAACCCUCAAUGAACGAAGUACAUCUAGUCGAGCAAAUGAAACAGAAGAACAACGUCAGAUUCGACUCGAGCAGCAAAGAAAGCGAAGUCAAAUGAAUAGAGAUGACAAGAAACGUACGCAAAGGACAUUAGGCAAUAGUGAUAUUCAACAAGAAAAUAAUUCCAUUCGUCCACCUUGGCCCGAACCAAUUCCUCGUGAUUUAAAAGAAACUCGUUUACAACAGUUUUUAGAACAGAUGUCUAUGUCAGUACUGGCUGAAGCUACUUGUGCAGUUUGUAAUAUUCGUACCACAACAAAAGAUUCGAAGAAAAUACCAAUUUCAAAAAUUCCUAAUAUU